AAGACGGGUUGAAAAUGUUAAAUUGUAGCUUGAUUUGAAAGUUUAUUAUAGAUUUUAGGCAGUUACAUAAUUUUUUUUAAAUAUUUAAUCUAUAUUAUUGCAGGUAAAAUGUGUGACAGGACAACGAUAUCGUACAAUGUAACAACUACUGCCAUGCUAACGUGUAGAAUGAGAGCCAGUGCGCCGCUAUAGUGAUUUUUUACAAGUAGCUGACCGGCAUAGCCAAAGAUGAGAACGUUCAAUGUUCUAUAGCGCGCCGUUGAAAACACCCAACACGACUGCACUGACGAGAAGCAAAGGACCAAGCUUGGUCUGCUGAGCAGCGGACCUGCUGCUGCUUGGGGACGCAGUCGCUUGCGUAGUGGGCUGGCUACCAGAUUCACCUUUGGGUAAAGUUGUAGCUCCAGCAGGACUAGCAACCGGGGUUGUUGUCGCCGUGCACCCCUUAGACUUGAGAGCAGAAGAGUACGCUGAGAGCUGCUCUUCAGGGGACUUCUUUGGCGUGCUUUCAACCUUGCGCCAUUCGUCAAGCCCAGCCGUCACGAAAAGCAUCUUUGAUCUCGCAUCGACAUCACACUCGGCGAGGGUCUCAGUUGCUGUUGCCAAUGUAUUACCACUUGGCCCAACCGUGACAUGGGUGCAGUUGCGACCAUUCUCUAUGGUUUUGCCUUGAGUAACAUAGGCACCAGAGCCCAAAUCACAACCCCAGGAGGUUGUGGUACCCGAAACGGCGUAUUGGCCCUCCCAGAUUGACCCGGACCGGUGCGUGAUGGUCUGCUGAGGAAAGUUGACGGACGUAGGGCAGGGCGAUGCGCAUGUUACGAGCAGGGUGGCUUCUCGCUCUUCAAACUCCUUGGUCGCGGCCGAAAUGACGGAGCCGACCAACGAUUGCGGUGCGUUUUGAUCGUAAAGAAAGGCCAAUCGAUAAUCGUUGGAUGGGUGAUUGAUAGCAGGGCCUGUAGGAGCAGCCAUUGUAGAUGUGCCGGAGAUGAUGGUUUAAAGUGUCUUCUGUACGGGGAUACGAAAGGAUCGGUGAAUAAAGGUUAGCCAAAUAAAGGGAAUUGGAAACAAAGAGUGUAAGACUAGAACAAGAUAUAGUAGAAUCAGAAGAAUAAAACAACCCACCAGUUCGCUUAGAGGUGCGGUGCUAUAGGGGUCUUUUUAAACAGCAAAGCUCCUGAGUCGCGCGUUUGCCGGCUGGCAAGUGGGGGCGAUUAUUAGAGGAGACUGAAAUAAAAUAACAAGGCUGCAGCUCUAGGAAGGUCAUUUUUUAUUCGGCCGCCAUCCUAAUUCGGCUUUGGGCUGCUCAAGGGCUGGAUAUUGCCAGAGCCUGAUUCUGGUUGUAUGGUGGAGUUUGCUGAUGAGAGUGUGUGCCCGCCCACUGAGCGAACAGUAACCGAAGACCUGCAAGUGUUGUAUUAAGCUCCGCUCUACUGUUGCAUUCUAUAACGCGGUGCCUGCAUUUUCUAUGCAGCAUGGUGGAAUAAGGUACCUGAUACAUGUUGCAUAUGCACGACAAAUUCAAAGCAGAUUUGUUUGCGCGGGCUUGUACCAGUGUCUUUAAGGGGGAUGGAACCGGCUUUUCUUUUUUCUUGGUAAGCACACACUACGGCUUCUGUCCGCAAAGGGAGCUAAAAUGGCCAACAGGUCAACUGAGAGCCGCUAGUGAUUCUCCCUCCCGCACCAUUCUCCACUGCAUUAGCGGAUUUGAAUUCCACUCCGGCUAACCUGGCUUACCCAUCACACGAUACAAAUGGUCUAGAUUCCCGUCCGUCGUCAAUCAAAGCAUCUUGAUCUUGCACAAUUCACAAACGCGAAACACAUCGAUUUGAUACUCGCCGAUACGAUACCGCACCGGCACAUACCGACACAAGAUUUCUACCUUUUACAACCGCAUCACCGACAUACGGCUAAGCAUACCGUUGACCUCACAUACCAGAAGCUUAUUGCCGGGUUGCGGAGUUGCAUAACUGCGAAGCACAAAGCGUCGCAAACGCCGCGCCAUGGCUCCAGGAACUCGUGCCGGUGCAGAGCCAACCGACAACAGCCCGGCGACGCAUACACACCACGAGCCGACGAUUGCAGACGAGUUUACCAGCUUGCUGGCUGGCCAAAUUGCCAAUGAUGAAGAAGCUAGCUCGGACGCGACUCUCAACAGCGAGGGCGUCACUGUCGUCGACGAGUUUGUCGGCUAUCCAUGGUGGCGACGACCGUCAGUAUUCUGGCUGCUAGGCCCCUAUCUGCUCUUUACACUAGCAUUCGGUGGUGUUGUCAUCCCCAAGAUCAACCUGAUUCUGGAUUUGGUUUGCCGACAGUACUUUAACGAGCAGCAAAAGCAGAAUCCCAACCUGAAAUACCCGCCCAUUAUUUUCGGAGCAGACAACCCACAAUGCGAAAAUAGCGACAUCCAAAAGAGAAUGGCCUUUUUCACAGGCGUUUUGAACCUAGUUACGGGAGGUAUUGCCGCCUUUGUUGUGCCCAAAGUUGGCCAUCUAUCGGAUCGCUUCGGUCGAACUAGACUGUUGGCCUUGGCUUCCUGUGGCGGCCUGCUCAACGAGCUCAUUACCGUGCUUGCUGGAACAUUCCCAAACACGAUUGACUACCGGUGGUUGGUUCUGGGAGCCAUUUUUGAUGGAAUGACAGGCUCUUUUACUGCUGGCGCUGUCCUCACCCAGUCUUAUGCCAGCGACUGUACAUUGCCAUCGAAGCGAGCCGUCACCAUUGGCUACAUCCACGCCUGCCUGUUUGCUGGUUUGGCCUUUGGGCCCCUCCUGGCUGCUCAGCUUAUCAAACUUACUGGCCAGGUCAUGAUUGUGUUUUAUAUAGUUAUGGCCUGCCACUUGUUCUUCAUCUUGUUUACCGGCUUUGUUAUCCCCGACUCGCUUUCUGCAAAGAAGAAGCUUUUAGCUAAAGAGAAGUGGAGGCUAGCCAAGCAAGGCCACCAAGGCGGUCUCUUGUCUAAUUUGCGCAAGUCUCACCCGUUGCAGUCCUUCCAGGCUCUCUGGCCCCAAGGUCCGGGAACAUCGAGUACCCUGAGACGCAACCUUGUAUCACUUGCUUUCACAGACAUGGUCCUUAUGGGAGCCAUGGUUGCUAUUUCACCUGUCCUCGUCAUAUACACGGGCUAUGUGCUUCACUGGGGAACAGUAGACAUAUCCAUGUAUGUGUCCGCCGUCUGCAUGGCCCGCGUUGUUGUCUUACUUGGCAUUCUACCCACCAUCAAUUACUUUGCCAGAACCUUACCAGCUCGGCGACGAGGGGAAGGUGUUGAUAUACAUACGGAGAAACGUCGCGGUGCAGAUCGCUUGGAUCUAAUUAUUCUGCGGGUUGCUCUCUUGUCUGAUGUAAUUGGAAGCACUGGUUACGUUUUUGCUCGCAACGGCCAUGCUUUUUAUGCUAGUGGCCUUAUGACUGCGUUCGGCGGCAUGGGUAGUGCUACUAUCGGAUCUAUCAUCACAAAGCAUGUUCCACAGAAUCGAGUCGGCGAAACACUGGGCGCCGUGGGAAUGCUGCACGCUUUGGCUAGAGUUGCCGGUCCCCUCCUGUUUAAUGCACUCUACUAUGUCACCGUGGAUACAUUCACACAAGCAGUCUUUGUGCUGCUAGCUUCUAUCUUUGGCACCGCGCUGCUCAAUUCGCUAUUCAUUAAACCAUUUGUAUUCUGGGAUGAUCCCCAUGAGCAUGAGCAUGAAGAAGACGAGAGAUCUCAGCAUGCUGUUCCCGAGCGUGAUGCCCUUAUCUUGGGGCAAAAUUCCAUUGAUGCAGCCGUUGCAUCCGCUUAAAUAUCAAUACCAUUUUGAUACACGCCGAUUUUGUAUAUACGCCCUUGGAAACGUAGAUGACCGCUGUUUCUGCUUGUCAAUACAUAUUUUAUACUCAUUUACGUUUUCUUUUUUCAUAUCCUGAAUAUUUAGAGUUGAAUUUAUUUUCAUUUAUUUACGACUCUGUCUGCUACUGUGAUUCCGUAGGGCUGUUUGAAUGGUGGUCCUUUGCUGGCCAG